AUGGAUAUUUCAAACAAUUCUAUUACCUCCAAAUACAAGCCGCUGCCGAAGGGAAAACACAUCAGAGUAUUGCACAUCUUGGAGGCUGCGCCAGUCUCAUCGGACUCUCAACUCCUCAUUGAGCUGACAGAGCUCGACAUCGAAGACGACAGUGCAGACUGGGAUUGUUUAUCUUACACAUGGGGUCCACCAAUUUCUACACCCGAGAGCUUCGAAAGAUACGGAACGGCUAAUGAUGUGGUGAUUAUGUUAAGGGUAGGCGAGCAUGAAUACCGUCAUACCAUAGGACGCAAUUUGUACGAGGCUUUACAACAGCUCGAAAACAUGAACCACAGACGUCCUUUGUGGAUUGCUGCCAUAUGCAUUAAUCAGGACGACCCUGCAGAGAAGUCGCGGCAAGUCUCUAUGAUGGAUGAUUUGUUCUCGCGAACGAAACGCGUCUACGUCUGGAUGGGGGUCGACGACCCUGAGGCGCCAGCGUUCAACGAUAUUGUCUGGCUUCGUACAGUACUCGUCAACAAGAUCAGGGACUACGAGAAGAUUAACGAAGAUAUCACCUAUCGCGACUUCCCUCCAGUCAAAAUGGAAGGAAUAGACGGUUUGCAUUCGUUCAAGAUCAAUACCACCAUAUCUUGGACGAGGGUGCGAGCUUUGUUCAACUUCUAUACCUAUCGGAGAUAUCUCAGCAGAGCCUGGAUGGUUCAAGAACUGUGUCUUGCCAAGAAUGAACCUCUGAUCCUCUUGGGGGAGCACACGAUAACACUCGACAGCAUGUGCCAGCUUCAAGAAACGUUUGCAGGGCAUCCAACAAUGCCAUAUCUUACACAUAAGGAGCCAGAUGGAAACGCUGGUAUGGGUUUUGAGAUCACUUGGAUUGCGAGAAUGCGGGCCAAGCUCCAUCAGCUCGACAUUGGGGGAGACCACGAGCAAAGAUCUAAGUUACUCAUGGACGACUUGUGCGGAGUCAAGCGUGGUGCGAAGAUCACGCCAAAGACUGUUCAUUGCGCUGUCUGGGAGGAACUCCUCUGUACGCUGCACCAGAGACGAUCGUCUGAUCCGCGGGAUUUGAUAUACUCCUUGAUUGGUCUCGCCAAUCGCUUCUCAGGGGCAUCGCACCCACAAGACUUCAUCCGGCCAGACUAUACGUCAGAUGUGGAAAAAGUCUACGUGGAUUUUACCGCCCAGAUACUGACCUAUUCUUCGAACCAUCGCAUACUGUCCCUUGCGUCCGCGAGGCCGACCGAGCCGGCUGAUCUGGACACACGACUCCCCAGCUAG